AUGCCAACCAAAGUAAAGAGAAGUACUAAUCCAUUUUCUGCGAAAUCGAGCGAUCAAGAUCGAUCGAGGUUUAAGACGUCGCGAGUCUUAAAGACCAUCGAUGAUGACGAUGACGAUGACGACUUUCAGCAAAAGGACAUGAAGUUCAAACUACCGGAUAAAAAAAAGUCUUUAUCAAUGAAAAGUGCAACGUCAACAAGUUUGGAUGAAAAGAGCAAAACGGAAAAAUUAGCCAAGUCAAAAGCCAUACUGGAGAAUCUCAAUAAAGUAGAAGAAGAAAUGGAUGACAAUAAGAAAAAAGUCAUCUGUCCUUACUGUAUGACUGUUUUGGAACCAAUUACAGAUGCGUUGGAAAAAGCUUUAGAAAAGAUGAAACGUAAAGAUGAGGAUUAUGAACAAAGGCAAGAAAAUCAGGCCUCUUCUUCCUUUACAUGUUUCAAUAUUGUAAUAAAGAGGCCUGUCAGUAAUGAAGAAAAAGAUGCGUUCUGCAAACUACACAAGAAGGAGCUCGUGAUCAAACCAGAAGGGGUGAAGAAGAGAUUUCCAACAACGAUUGAUUUCAAUGCAGUGUCUCGACGUAUAAUGAAGUUCAGGAGCGAGUUGGAAAGGGUGAUCAAAAAUGAACUAAAGAGUGAGUAUAGAGAGAUUGCCGAAAGUGCAUAUGAAGAACAAGGUAUCAGCAAAGCGAGAAGCACAAUGAGUAUGAUGGCUCGUUUCGAGGCUUCGUUACCGGGUUAUUAUGGGCCCAAGGGUGCUGGGGUUAUCUUGAAUACGUUAAAUGAUAUGUUUCUCAAAAGUGGAUAUCUAUCAAAGUAUUUGGUUUCGCAACAAUUACCAGUGGAGUUCCUUCAGCAGGUACUGGUGCCUGAAGUGGGCUUUCGAUUAAUACGUGAGGAUUUACUAAAAAACCAGGGCCUAGGACGGCCGAUGGAGAAUGCCACAGAAAAAGCAAAGCAGAUAAUGCGUGAAAGUUGUGAAUAUGGUCAUAUAAUGUUCCCGAGUGAAAACCAACAUAUCGACAGUGAGCAACAAAGGACAGUAAUAUAG